AUGGUCAGGAUCGGAGCCACAUUCACAGAUCGGAAUAUGCCCGUAUCGUCAACUACAUUGCGGCCGAUUUCGUUUCUAUUUUACACGCUGGAGACGAUCUUCAAUAUAUUUUGUUUGGCAUAUCACAUAACGGGAUUUAUGGCUGUUCAUAUGCAUAUGCUGACGUGGGAUAGGCAAAUCUUCCAGUAUAUAUAUCUAAUGACCUUCUACGUUUUCAUGGUGAUCACACUCUUUCAAAGCAUUAACAUUUGUUCGGGCCACAAUCCGACAUUUUGCAUGGAAAUCUGUAAAUCUUGCUUAGCUUCCGUUGGAUUUACAAUGAUAUCCAUAUUAACUAUGUGGGAUGCGGAACGCGACUUUCACUUGAUGUAUACUGGCAAGGAGCCCGUGGAGGGUGUCUACGAGAAGGAUAAGCCCGUUCAUCCGUUCGCUUUUUAUUUGCUCUCCCAAUCGGUUGCCUCAUUGGCUUGUGGCGUACUCUAUAUGCUACAUGCAACAAUUUUACUUGAUAUCAAGAUCACUGCUGCCCACCAGGAAUUGACAGAGGGCGCAAAUUCUGUGUUUGUGCCCAUUGAUAUCUACGUCCUGGGCGAAUACGUUCAAAGCAGGCUUGAGAAAUACGAAUGGUUUAAUGCCUUUUGCUCAAAUGAACUCAUUAAUAUCUAG